AACAUUUUUCUUUCUUUUAAAUUCAAAUAUAAUUAAACAAUUUAAAUAAAUUUUAUAUAUUUCAGUUUAAAUUAUAUGUAUUUUUUUACAAAAUUUUUAUUAUUUAAAAUCGAUAAAUGUAUUUGCAUUUAAUAAAAAUACUUAUUUCUGAUAUUUUUUGCUAGUACUUAUAGUUAACAGUGUUACACGUGCAAUUGGAUUCAUCUUUUACAUUUAAUGAUAAAGCAUAAUGUCAAGUCAAAGACCAGUUUCUUGUGGUCUUGACUUUUGUGCAGCACCAGAUUUAAGUAAUUGUCUUUUCACAGCAAAUUCAUCCAAAUAUGAGUUUAUAUGUGUUCCACUUGUUCAUCCAUUAUUUAAGAGAGAAUUUGUUUCUGGAAAUGCAAAAAAUCGUACUGGUCCAUUUACCAGACCAGACAUAGUCUUAUGUAGUUCCGAUUGGAAUACUUUAAUCAUUGGUAAAUUAUCGCCAUAUAUUAAAGUUGAUUCAAAAAAUCCUAGCUUAAAAAAAAACAGUGAAGAAACUUUAAAGCAAGAAUUAACUUUGGCAAGUCAUUUAGGUCUUGUAGGAGUUACUUUUAAAUUAACAAAAGGAAUAAAAGAAAAUGCAAAUCUUAGUAGAAUUAUCUGUGAUAAGCUUUCAAGCACAUGUAGUUUACAGGUUUGGGUACAAAUACCUAUGGAAAAUCCAAUUAAACAAGCUUAUUCUUACAGAGAAAAAGAAUGUAGUAUGGUAGAAAGUCCAUGGGAAUGGUGGAAUGCCUUUAGAGUAGUUUGCGAUUAUAAUAGAAAAUUAGGUGUUGCAUUAAUUGUAAGUCAUGAUCUUCCUGAUCAAGAAGAAAUUGAUAGGUGGUUAGGUGAACCAGUUAAGUGUUUAAUUUUUCCAACAACAUUAUUUAUUACAAAUAAGAAAGGAUAUCCUGUAUUAAGUAAGGCACAUCAGGCAUUAGUCAAGAAAUUUUCUUUGUUGGAAGUACAAUUUAUACUUACAGGACAGAAUCGGUAUCAAAGUAUUACUUAUUAUCAUAAUUAUUUAGAAUAUUUAUGGAAGGAUUGUGAGUCAAAUGGACUAAUUGAAAGAUAUACUCGGGGCUAUGAAGAUUAUUUACAAUGUCCUUUGCAACCACUUAUGGAUAAUCUUGAAUCUCAAACAUAUGAAGUAUUUGAAAAAGAUCCCGUUAAAUAUACAAAAUAUCAAACUGCUAUUUUUCAAGCAAUUUCUGCCAUUGUAGACAAAACAGAAGACAAACAUAGAGAAAUAAUAAUAAUGGUAGUUGGAGCAGGAAGAGGACCUCUUGUUCGUGCAUCUUUAAAUGCAGGAGAAAGAGCAAAACAACCGGUUAAAAUAUAUGCUGUGGAAAAAAAUCCCAAUGCAGUAUUAACUUUACAAGCAUUAGAAAAAGAUCUUUGGGAAAAUAAAGUAACAGUUGUAUCUUGUGAUAUGAGAGAAUGGAAUCCUCCUGAAAAUGCUGAUAUCAUGGUAUCAGAAUUACUUGGUUCUUUUGGUGAUAAUGAACUUUCUCCAGAAUGUUUAGAUGGAAUUCAACGAUUUUUGAAAGUUGAUGGAAUAUGUAUACCAACUUCAUACACGUCAUAUAUUGCACCAGUACAAUCAUCUAAAUUAUAUAAUGAAGUAAGACAAUGCAGAGAUAAAGACAAACAUUCUUUGGCUCAUUUUGAAACUUCAUAUGUAGUUCAUCUUCAAAAUAAAUACGACAUAGCAAAACCGCAACCAUUAUUUACAUUUAAUCAUCCAAAUAAUGCAAGUGUUAUCGAUAAUUCAAGAUAUGAUACAAAAAUAUUUAAAGUACAACAAAAUUCUGUAUUACAUGGCUUUUCUGGAUAUUUUGACACUGUUUUAUUCAAUAAUAUCACUCUCAGUAUAGAACCUAGCACACAUAGUCCUGGAAUGUUCAGUUGGUUUCCAAUUUUUUUUCCAAUUAGGGAACCAAUACAAUUAAAAGCCGGGGACCAAAUAGUUGUUCAUUUUUGGCGUUUAUGUAAUUCUAAAAAUGUUUGGUAUGAAUGGUGCAUUACCGAACCUAUUCCAGGACCUAUACAUAAUCCUGGUGGCCGUUCUUAUACUAUAGGUUUAUGAUUUAAUUUUAAUUUAUGCAGUUAAUGUAUUUAAAACAAGUCUAAUAUCUUUCUAAUAUCUUUUUAUAAUAAUUCAUGAUAGAAUUGUAAUACAAAUAUUCUUUAUUACUUUUUUUUAAUAAAAAAGAUUCAAAUAAUAAAUUUUUAAAUAAAUAUUGUUUUUGCUAAAAA